CUCCCCCAUUGCCCGCCCUCACACUGCACAGUCCCCAGUAUCUGGCCGCAGCCGCCGCGUCCCCCCAGCCCGCUUGGAAUCCUGCCCCACGUGACUCGCGCUGUCACGUGAUCGCCAGACGUCAGGAGGUGCCUGCCGAGAAGGAGCCCCAGCUCAGCCUUCAGAUAAGACAGCCCGUUACCGGCGGAGGCUCCGUGAUACCUGGGACCGGGAGUCUCGGCGGCACAGCUCACAGGAACAAUUGUGCACUGGUCGUUGUUGAUUUCCCUAAACAAAAAUGGCUUCUAUGCUACUUAGCAGACAUAUGACACAGGCGUUGCAGCAAAACUCCAGACUACUCGUACCAUGCAGCAGGUAUAGCAGUCAGGCUGCUGCCAAAAAGAAUGUUGAUUUCGAGUAUGAUGCUCCAUUAAUGAAGACCGAAGUCCCAGGACCAAGAUCCAGAGAGCUAAUCAAACAGUUGAACAGUAUCCAGAAUGCAGACGCCGUGCACUUUUUUUGUAAUUAUGAAGAAAGUCGUGGUAAUUAUCUUGUUGAUGCUGAUGGCAAUCGAAUGCUGGAUCUGUAUUCCCAAAUAUCCUCCAUUCCUAUUGGUUAUAACCACCCGGCCCUUAUCAAAAUUCUGCAACAACCACAAAACCUGAGCACAUUUAUCAACCGACCAGCCCUGGGUAUCCUGCCUCCUGAGAAUUUCACAGAGAGACUGGAGGACUCCUUGUUAUCUAUUGGUCCAAAAGGAUUGACACAAGUAAUUACAAUGUCUUGUGGCUCCUGCGCCAAUGAAAACGCAUUUAAAUCAAUAUUCAUGUGGUACAGGAACAAGGAAAGAGGAAACAGCGGUGUAACAAAGGAGGAGCUGGAGUCCUGCAUGGUGAACCAGCUUCCAGGUUGUCCAGACUACAGCAUUUUAUCAUUCAUGGGAGGUUUUCAUGGACGAACAAUAGGGUGCUUGGCUACAACACAUUCUAAGGCUAUACACAAAUUAGACAUCCCUUCCUUUGACUGGCCAAUUGCCCCCUUUCCAAGACUAAAGUACCCUCUUGAGAAUUUUGUUAAGGAAAACAAAGAAGAGGAGGAGCGGUGCUUGGAAGAGGUGGAGGAUCUGAUUGUAAAAUACAGGAAAAAGAAAAAGACCGUUGCUGGAAUAGUGGUGGAACCAAUCCAGUCCGAGGGAGGAGACAAUCAUGCUUCUGAUGACUUCUUCAGGAAAUUGAGUACAAUCGCUAGAAAACAUGGAUGUGCUUUUUUGGUGGAUGAAGUUCAAACAGGAGGAGGAGCUACUGGUAAAUUUUGGGCGCAUGAACAUUGGGGCAUGGAUGAUCCAGCUGAUGUGGUUUCCUUCAGCAAGAAAAUGAUGACAGGAGGAUUUUACCAUAAGGAAGAAAUGAGGCCUAAUGCACCAUACCGAAUAUUCAACACCUGGCUUGGGGACCCCUCUAAAACACUCCUAUUGUCUGAAGUUCUAAACGUCAUCAAGCGUGAAGACCUCGUAAAAAACGCUGUCCAAGCAGGAAAAGUUCUUCUAGAUGGACUUCUAGAUUUCCAGUCCCGCUAUCCGCAUAUUGUGAGCAGAGCCAGGGGCAGAGGGACAUUCUGUUCAUUUGAUACUCCAAAUGAUGAAGCCCGAUCCAAGUUGAUAGCAAAAGCAAGAAACAAAGGUAUUGUGCUAGGAGGUUCUGGAGAUCGGUCCAUUCGGUUCAGACCAACCCUGGUUUUCAAAGAGCACCAUGCGCACCUGUUCUUGAACAUCUUCAAUGACCUCUUGGCAGAUUUGAAGUAGCUUUGUAUUCCGCUUUGUUGCCUUAGUCCAAAUGAAUCAGGAGGUCUCAAAAUAAGUCACGCUUCUUAAUCUCUGCUACCAUAUACGCACAGUUCAGGUCUAACCACAAUGGAUGGAGAAUAUUUUUGUGCUCAAGCCAAAACCAUGUCUCCAUAAAGAGUUUUAAUGUGCCACGAUAUAUAUUUUCAUAGGAAAACUAUACUUUUUUUUUUUUUUUUUCUAGUGUAUUAAUAUUGUUAAUUAUGAAACAUUCAGACUGUGAAAUGAAUACUAAUACCCUGAAAAUGUCCGAUCCGUGUAUGUGUUGUCUUGUGUUAAUGAUUACAUAGGGAAUUUUGGGGCCUGUCCUAUACCAUGUAUUGUCUCCACAAUGUGAGCAUUUUGUUUGUGAGGUAAGUUUCCACCACUAUUCAGAUUUUAAUGGUUAGAUUAGAAGAUAUUAUAACUGUCUACUAAAUGAAUACCGCCUUACUGCCUGUGGUUCACGGUAAUCUAAGUCCGCUGUUAAUGUAACGGCAGUAUUUGCAUGUUAUACUGUACAUAGAUAUUUCUUAGAUACUUUUAAGUAUAAUAUAUUUCUAAAGGCAAGACAGUAUUUUUCGGCCACUUGAUUGGGUGUCUUCUAAUGAAACGCUUUUUGUACACAUUACACUGAGCCAUAUAUACAAGCAUUACACAUUGGGCCGGAUGCGCGUGUCCGUGCUAACAAUACAUAUUACUCUGCUGUGUCAUGGCCCAACCAUAGGGAAACCUAAGUAAUGCGGAUGGAUAUCACGGUCAGCACAUGGACACGGAAAUCCAGCCUUACAUGUAGGUCCCAGAAGUGAGACCCACACCUAUCAAACAAUAGGGGCAUAUCCUAGCACUAUGCCCCUGUUGUCUGAGGUGGGAAUACCCCUUUAAGAUUGGAUCAAAUGAGAAUAUUCCUAAUUGUCAGUAUGAAUGUUCAGUCAUGUGUCCUUGAUGUAGGAUCCACAUGACUGGUAGAAAUCUGGAUGCUGAGGUUUAGGGUCCAUUCACACGUCCGUAUGAAUUGGUCCAGAUCCGUUCCGCAAGUGCAGAUGCGUGCUGUCCGCAUCCGCACUCCCGUUCCGCAGCCCCGCAAAAAAUAGAGCAUGUCCUAUUCUUGUCCGCAGACACGGACAAGAAAAGGCAUUUCUAUUGGGGUGCCGGCCAUGUGCGGUCCAGUGUUUUGUGGAUCCGCAAUUUGCGGACCGCAAAACACUUUCGGAAGUCUGAAUGGACCGUAAAGCGGUUUUUCAGGAUUAAUUAACUAAUGACCUAUCUAGAUUUACUGUAUGCACCGGUGCCUUCUCAAACAGCUGGUCGGCAGGGGUCCUGGGUGUUGGACCCUCACAGAUCAGAUACUGAAGACCUUUCAGGAGGAGAGGUCAUCAGUUGAAAAAUACCGGAAAAACACCUCUUUAAAUAGUGAGUUGUCCAUGUAUGCCCUGUCACUUUCUAUUGAUGUGGAGGAGAGCACUUGAGGAGUUCUGUGAUCCAGCCUGGACUGGUGAUACAUUGUUACUCGGAUGAAAAAAGACCUAAGACCAUGAAGUUCACUUGUUAUAUACUUACAAACCAAUUUCAUCCAGGUACAUGGUGCAGCCUGAUUUUCACUGCUCACGCGUACAAAAAUCUCUCUUCAACUUAUUUGCUGGAAUUCCUUUAAAUAUCUGCCCCCUACAAAACUGGUAACCUCUGCUUGUGUAAAGUUCUUAAAGGUAGAUCAAGAUGGUCUUCUUGAGAUGACCCCUUUUGUAUGAAUGUAAUAGAGGGCGUCCCUGCUUGUAACCCUUUUAUUAGCCAAAGCAGAUAGCUGCUACUAAGGUUGAAUCUGCCGCUGGAAGACCAGUCCCAUCUUUGCAACUUUAUACAGCAGCCAUUGAAUAAAUGGACCAUGCAGUAAUGCAGAGAACACUAGCCACUUCCCUGGUCAUAACUGCUGUUCUGCUAUGCUCGGCACAUUGCGGGGACCAUUUAUGUGAACAGGAGGUGUCCAAGCUGGGUAAGUAGGUAGCUGAGGAAUUUACCCAUUAAUAACAUUUACGGUAUCACCUAUCCCUAUAUAUGCUCACUGGGGGUCUGACCACUGGCACCUCCACUGGUCAAAAUAAAAUGAGGGUUCCUGAGUCCCCUGAGGACUGUUAAAGUAGUGUACAUGUGACCGCUGCACCUUCAACUCUCUAUCUCCGACAGUGAAUUCAGUAGUGGUCACCAUGACUCCAGUCAUAUAGGGAUCCUUGUUCUCCUGGGCAAUCAAUAGUCUAAAUCUGGAAAAACCCUUUAAGCAUUCAGAAUAACCAAACUGCAGGGAUGAUAAUUACAUGUUAUAAAUCAGCAUUUAAUUGCAAGUCUGAUUUUGUCUUUGCAAGAUCUGCAGCGUGAAGCCAUACAUCUCACUCCUGCCAGGACCAUUGAUAUAUAGGAAAUGGAUGAGAUUGCUGCAUGAGUAGUCAUAUAGGAGCAUUCCUGAACUCACCAUUUAGUUAGAGGGGUUUUUCGGGCGUUUUACACUGAUGUCUUGUCUUCUGGAUAGGUGAUCAGUAUCUGGUGGGUGUCUGACACUAGGGACCCCUGUCUAUAAGCUGUUUGAGAAGGCAGCGAUGCUCAUAGUAGCGACGCAGCCUCCUCACAGCUUUGCCUAGGCAAUGUGACAUCACCUUCGUCGGUCACAUGGCCUAGGCGCAGCUCAGCCCCAUUGAAGUGAAUGGGGCUCAGCUGCAAUACCAAGCACCAACCACCAUACAAUGUACGGCGCUGUGCUUGGUAAGCUGAGAGAAGGCUACAGUGCUGCCAACACUGGUACCUUCUCAAACAGCUGAUCGGCGGGCGUUGGACCCCCACCAAUCAGAUAUAAAACUUCCAGAAAGCCCCUUUAAUAGCAAAUCUAAACUACUUUUACACUAGAUUUUCCAAAACCAAUAACUUUUUGAUACAGCAAUGGUAUAAGAAUCCCAGUAACUGCCAGAUGUGUGUUUAAUGGGAUACGUUAUUGUGUUGACCAUGAUUAUUAUGUAUGUAGCAUGUUUAAGGCUUGUAAUGAAUGUGUAAUGUUCAAAUAAGUCAUUACUACACUUUCAGAUCAUUUUAAUGCAUUUAUUGUUUUUACACUUGGUCCGUGGUUUCCUAUACACCAAAUAUGUAAGAAAUGUUAACAUACACUCGACACAAGACUGAAGAAACUAGGUGCUUACGAGGAGCAAGUGAGCCGUUUACAGCGCGCUACCGGUGCCAAACAUCUUACAAAUAGCUGCACUUUGUGUUCUUGUCCAGAAAUCUGUGGAUUUAACUGCUUUAUGUCUUAAUCGGUAAGAAAUAAAAUGUAUUUGUAAGUUUA